UACUUUGAUGGUACUUUGAGCCAGCAAGUCCUAAUCAAGGUUCUGCUCUAGGCUGUCCUCAGUCUGAGUCACGACUUACUGCAUGAGAGGUUCGUCCGCACAAGAGGAGAAACCAAGUACAAGAUUGAGAUGGCCUGGCAGCUCUGAGGAAGAAAGAAACAUCAAACUGGAGGAGGUAGAAAAGUUAGAAAAAGAGACACGAGAGAGAGAUGGGAGCCGAGGAGGAGAUCCUAGUCACCCUUUCUGGGGAAGCUCCAUGGGGCUUUCGGCUACAAGGAGGUGCAGAGCACAGGAAGCCACUUUGUGUAUCUAAGGUGCGUAAACGCAGCAAAGCAUGCCGGGCAGGGCUGUGUGAAGGAGAUGAGCUUGUGUCAAUCAAUGGAGCAUCCUGCAAUGAGUUGUCACAUGCACAGGCCAUGAACCUGAUCGACUCCUCUCCAGGGACGCUGAACAUUCGUGUAAAGAGAUCUCCAACAAGGUUUCAGUCAAUAGUCCUGCUGUCAAGAUCACAAUCUCCUUCAGUCAAUAAAAGUUAUGAAAGCUGCCUGCGUGCCCUGUCUCCUCCAGUUACCAACAACAAUCAACCCCGACAAAAGCCAGUAAAAGAUGUUUGUAGAAAUAACAUCAUGUCUCCAACCCGAAGAAAGGAUCUUGUGUUCAGUCCUGAACCCAUAACAGAAGUUAGAGCCAGAAGAGAGUGUCUGACAUCUCCUCCCGAUAGUGAGGCCUACUAUGGUGAGACAGACAGUGAUGCAGACACUGUACAUGAGAAGCAACGCAGACAAAAACGCCGCAGUCCAAGUUCUUCUCCUGCUAAAUCCUCGGGCAGAACAUCCCCUGAGGAAACCUCUGAAAUGAGUGGCUAUGAGAGUGCCCCUGAUGCCAGACCUUACCCACAGAACUUACAGACUUCAGAACAGAGCAUCGUGGGGCAGGCCCAGAUAUCUGGAAUAGGAGAGGUGGGAGUGGGAGCCUUGUCUGACACAACUCGAUGGGAAACCAAGAGAACAGAAGCAAGAUUUAAUGUGCGGCAGCCACACAUGGAAGAACCCUCCUGUGUUGAAAACUCCACAGAGAAUUCUUCAGCAAGCACAGAUGAUCAGAGCCCCCAGGGUGCCACAGAAGUUGAUAGCGGGUUCCAAGAGCUCACAAAUAUUCCUCCAUUGGUGUCCCCAGAUCGAAUUAAGAAUGUCUCUGUUCUUCUGUCAGCCGGAAAGCAUCUGGUGCCCAUGGUGGGUCCUGUAGACAAGCCAGUGGAUGAAGAACUUACCACCACCUAUAUGGACAAAGCUAAGCAAGCCAAACUUCACCGCAGUGAAAGUGUGCAGGAGAAGCAGGUGAAGGAAGCUCGUACCAAGUGCCGGACUAUUGCCUCCUUGCUGACAGAUGCUCCAAACCCCCAUUCAAAAGGGGUGUUGAUGUUUAAAAAGAGGCGGCAGCGUGCUAAGAAGUAUACCCUUAUCAGCUACGGAAGUGUUGAAGAGGGAGGAGAAGAGGAAGAAGAGGAGGAGGACGGAGUUUUCCCAACUAGUGAGUCUGAGUUUGAUGAGGACGGAUUUGCUGCUGUUUCUGAUUCGGCUUGGGACAGUGACUAUCUGGAUAUCCUUGAACGGAAAACGCCGACCAGCCAACUCCAGGAGGCUAACACCCCUGAUUCUGCAGCGAGUCAGGGAUUGUUAGACACAUCCGGUAAGGGGGUCCAGCUGUUUGAACAACAACGGAAGCGAGUUGUGGAGCACACAACACCUAUGGCUCAUCAAGCAGGACCAGCCAUAACCCCACCUAGCAAGGAUGCAGUUGAUCAGAUUGCUGCAUCACAACUCCCUUCACAGGCUCCUUCUUUUGAUAGUCUGAGUCAGGUGCCUACAUCUUGUCUCCCAGUAUCUCUGACGUCAAGUCAACUUCCUACACCAGAGCCACCACUAGAACAGACAACUCCACCCAGAUCAAACAUUACACAAAGCUCAGUCCUAAACAGAACUGCUCGACCUUUUACUCCUGGGUUUGUAAGUACACGGGCUAGCACUGCCCCCGUGGUCUUUCAGCCAAAUUUUGGUAGGAAAACACCUACUCACCACCUGUACAGUGAUUCUCCAAAGCCAGUGCCACCACCAUUCUCACCACCACCAGGAGAAAACAAGCCCACAAUUACCACAUCUUCUCUUUAUAUACCCCCCAGACAGGCUUCAGUAUUUCAGACCCCACCUAACCACCCUGCUGCUCCCAUACAGACUCCAGCUCCUCCCUUCUCUCCUCCCCCAGUGACCACUCCCACUUUCAGUUCACACCUUCCUGGAAGUCCUAAAAGAGGGCAAGCUGUAACACCCAGUAGCCCUGGUUCAAUUUCUAGCACCUCCAAAGUAUACUCUCAGUCUCAAUCCUCUGAGGCUCUUUCUUCACGGGAGCAGAGAAUCUCUGUUCCAGCAUCCCGGACAGGGAUCCUACAGGAAGCUCGGCGUCGGAGCACAAAGAAAAUGAUGUUUAAACCUUCAGAAGAAAAGAAAGUUAACUCGCCAAACCCAGAACUCCUUUCACUAGUGCAGAACCUGGAUGAGAAACCCAAAGGAGCAAUAGAGGGUGGUUUUGAGUCUGGCCCAGAAGAAGAUCUCCUCAACCUAGGAGCAGAGGCUUGUAACUUUAUGCAAGCCCAAAAAUACAAAACACCUCCCCCUGUUGCUCCAAAACCCCACACACACCUCCCAGAGAACCCACAGUUAGGAGGUAAAGGAGCAGAACUGUUUGCCAGACGGCAGAGUCGAAUGGAUCGAUUUGUCGUGGCCGGUGUUCCACAGCCACAACUAGGCAUGCUUGGAAGACCUCGUACUCCUUCUCCUACUCCCUCACUCCCUGCAAGCUGGAAAUACUCACCAAAUAUCCGUGCCCCUCCUCCAAUAGGUUACAACCCUCUGCUUUCCCCGUCCUGUCCCCCAGUAGCUCAACGUGGUAGCAAAGCAGGAAUUGCCAGCAAGUCUGCCACUUGGGGUGGUAGGAGACCAGCAGGCCAGAAAGAUGGAAUCAAGGUAAUUGAUUUUAUGAGACGACAGCCCUACCAGCUCAACCCAGCCAUGUUUAGUUAUGGUGGUGGCAGCUCUCCUUCACGUGAAUCUCAGCACCAGUCUAGGCAAGUCCAGGGCACUACGUUACAGGCACCAAGACAAGUUCCAGUCAAGGCUGCCCGUGUUUAUGAAAUACGCCGCUUUUCUACUCCUACACCCAUGUCAGCUCCCACUACACUUUCACCAACUGUCAUUGCCCCACGCUCUGCAACCACACUAGGUGAGCCUCUCUGGAAUUCAGAAAUCUGUCCUUCAUCUCCACCACCAGUAAGUCCGCAACCCCUCCCUGUUUUUCAUUCGCCAACUCCUGCUGCAAACCCAGUUUCAGCUAAGACAAAGCCAAUAGUGCCCUCAGCGGAGGAUCCUCCUUAUGCCUCUGUCCAUGUUGUGACCCCAAUUCCACCUCCAGUGACAAGGUCAGCUUCAUCUUCUUCUGGUGGAUCCCUGGCUCCAAGACCUCGUUUUCAUGCUGGUAAAGUUGGGAUUCAACCUAACGUGUGGAGGCCAGGCUCUAGGCAUCUCUAAUUAGUGCACAAAGCAGAAGCCAGGCCCAGUGAACCAGUAAGGAUGUUCCAAUUUCAAUGAACUAAAACUGGCAGUAGGUUAAGUGACACAGUUCAAGAAAAACAGAUGACAAUGAAAACUGGAGCCUUUUCUGUAAAGUGUCAGAGAAGGAAUCGCAGGUU